AUUUGUAAAGAGAUGAGCAUGACAGUUACAGUGUAAAUCAUACUAUUAAAUGGAGACAAGUUAUUGACACUGACUGCCUUUUGCAGACAGCUGCACAUGAUGGCUGGCAUUAUAGACUUUAGCCAGAUCUUCUCAGAUGGUGAUCAACAAGGCACAGAUAAAUCUGAUGUGAAAACAAAAAGACAGUAUUAUGAUGUGCCAGAACCACCUGUGUUUACAAACAUUCCUGAUCUUGACACACUUUUCAGUGGUGAUGGCAAAACUAGUUUACUUGAUCUCCAACCAUCUCAAUGGAUGCCAUCUUCACAAACUUCACAACGGUUGCCAUUUACUCAGACAAAUAGAACUGAGUUAGGUAGAAAUCAAGUGAGCAGCAGUAGAAUAUACAAUGAGACAGUAUCUGAAAGGGGUGAUGGUGAUGAUAUUUAUCUAGGUUCCCAGUAUCCUUUGGUACGUAAGAUUGGACCAUCUCAGGUGCCAAUCUCCGGUCAAUGUCGGGAAUGGAAUAGUCAAUCACAGAAACCUCUGUCAAUGUCACAGAGAGCAAACAAAUCCCAGAUAAAUCCAUCAAUGAACAAGCAACUAGAUAAAAACAGCGCUUAUGUAGUUCCAAGGAAGGCAAACCCUAGUACCGAUUUAAAGACAGCAAUUAGGAGGGGCGGUCCAAAUGCGGGUGAAAGUAGAGUAAAAUCUGUACCAAUGGCCAGACCUUUUACCUACUCUGUAAACAGCAUUAACACUAACUUGCGAAACAACACACAACCUGGGAACAGCAUUCAUUCUCCGCAAGAAGAAAGUGAGAAUGAUAGUCAAGAGGAUUUGUUUGACGAUUCAGUGUCUCAUGUUCAAGCUGCUGAGCAUCAAAGAACUGGAAGAGAACAAAUGGACCCGUUUACUACAGCUGGAAAAACUCCCACAGACCACUUGUAUUCACCAGCUUUAGUGGCAGUGCCAUUAGAGCAAUACAGAAUGGGUGUAAAACUGAGACCUGUUACAGAAAUAUGUAUCCUUUUUGCAGCAUUUAAUCCUUAUGCUGGACACAAUUGA